AGUUUUGUCUUGUCAAAAUGCAAAUUUAGACAUCUGGAAUGUAAUUACGGAUAGUCAGACAAAACCGAAUUUAUGUUAAAAAGGCUUGCCAUAAUUCGACCGGAACUAUUCAUUUUACCAUACCAAUCCUUAUUGCGGAACUAUAAGGCUUGACGUCGUUUUCACGAGAUUUAAACAUCGACGGACAAUAUGCCCGUUCUUUCUCUGUUUAAUACUUGAAAACUUGUUUUAUAACAACAGUGUAUAUUUUCUGUUCUGGGUUGAUAACAUUGCUCUAUCCAGACUCCUCCACCCAGUGGAAGGUGGAGAUGACCUGAGGUUUUCAGUGGGUGAAUCCCUCUUCAGGCGUUGUUUUGCGCGUCUGCAGAGACAUGUGUGAUCCGGAGCAGAAGGACCUGUAUGCUGUGCUGGGCGGCAGCCCGUCGGACUCCCUUCAACAGCUCAGACACAGAUACCAGCAGCUGGCUCUGAAGUACCAUCCAGACCGUCUUGGAGGUGAAAACUCUGCAGAGCCUAGUGUGAGAACAUUUCUUGAAGUUGAUGCAGCCUGGAAGAUUCUUGGUGACCAAACCACAAGAAGAGAAUAUGACCUGCAGAGGCGAGCACAGGAACUGAAACAGAACUGGACAGUAGAUUCUACCGUUGACCUGGAGGACAUGACAUGGGAGACAGACGGGUGUGAAUGCAGCUACAGCUGCCGCUGUGGAGGAACAUUCAGCGUCUCAAAGGAGGAGGUGGAGGAGGAGACACAGAGGAGGCUUCAGGAGCUUAAUGAGCAGGAAAUGCACCGAGGAGCGCAGAGCGGCGUGCUCGUCUGCUGUGAUACCUGCUCACUCACUAUUUAUGUCACUUGGUCGCUAAAUAAAAAGAUGCAUAUGUCAAAAUAAAGGUUAUUUUUUUAAA